AUGUCACUAUCAAGACAUUUCAUCGAUGCACAAAAUUACCAUCAAAUUGAGGGCAACUUUCUGCAAGAGGUGAACAAGCGUAGAAAAACUGCACAGAUCACUGUUCUUGUCCAGCGCGCCCUGGGAGCUAAGAACCACAUUCAAGCCAGAGCUGGGACAAUAUUUGCGGGAUUUCUGAAAAUCCUUCCCAUGUUUGUUAUGGUGAUGCCAGGCAUGAUCAGCCGAGUUCUCUUCCCUAACUCUAUUGCCUGUCCGGACCCUGAGAGUUGUAAGCUUGCCUGUGAUAAUAAAUGGGGCUGCACCAACAAUGCGUAUCCUAAACUGGUGUUGAACAUCCUGCCUACUGGCAUGGUUGGCUUGAUGAUGGCAGUUAUGAUGGCUGCGGUCAUGUCAUCUCUGUCUUCAGCAUUUAACAGCAGUGCCACCAUAUUCACUGUUGAUGUAUGGCUUCGACUAAGACCUCAGGCCCGGGAUAGAGAACGAAUUAUAGUUGGUCGAGUAGUCGUGGCUAUUCUUGUUGGUAUCAGUUUGUUGUGGCUACCUGUCGUUAAAGGUUUUGCUGGAAGCCAGCUGUUUGUGUAUCUCCAGAAUAUCCAGUCGUACCUGGCACCGUCGAUCUCGUCGAUGUUCCUCUUGGGAAUCUUGUGGACUGGACUCACGGAAUAUGGAGCGGUAGCUGGACUCUUGGUCGGGUUUAGUAUGGGAAUUGUCAAGUUCAUUGUGGAGAAUGUGUACACACGGCCACAUUGCGGCGAGGAGGACACACGACCAGGGUUUGCCAAGCUUCGUUUUAUGUAUUAUUGUAAGUAAUCUUCGAAAAUCCUUAAAACUGAAUUGAAAAAUCUUAAAGCUAACCCGUGCAGAAAAUUUGCUGUUAAGAAAUCAUCAGCCUUAGUCGGUUUUCAUGCGGGUUCUCA